AACGUUGGCUCGCUCGUGUCCCCUAGACUCGCAUCGCAGCCAUGUCUGACUUUGUGGAGAGUGAAGCCGAGGAGUCUGAGGAGGAGUAUGAUGAAGACGGGGAAGUCGUUUCCAGACCCUCCAAAAAAUUUGUGGAGGAUGAAGACGAGGAGGAGGAAGAGGAAAACCUCGAUGACCAGGAUGAGCAGGGGAACUUGAAGGGCUUCAUCAAUGACGACGAUGAUGAGGAGGAAGAGGAGGAGGAAGAGGAAGGGGGCAGCGACUCCGCAGACUCCGAAGAUGAUGUGGGCCGUAAAAAGCGGAAGCGCAACUUCGACGACCGUCUGGAGGACGAUGACUUCGACCUCAUUGAAGAGAACUUGGGCGUCAAAGUGAAGCGACAAAAGUUCCGGCGGGUGCGGAAGAUGUCGGAUGAUGAGGAUGACGAGGAGGAGGACUAUGGGAAGGAGGAGCACGAGAAGGAAGCCAUCGCCGAGGAGAUCUUCCAGGACGGGGAGGGCGAGGAGGGGGGCGACGGCACCGACGGUCCCAUGGCUGCGGCCGAGGAGGAGGAGGAGGAGGAGGAAGAUGAGUCGGACAUCGACGACUUCAUCGUGGACGACGACGGCCAGCCGCUGAAGAAGCCCAAGUGGCGGAAGAAGCUGCCCGGAUACACCGACGCCGCCCUGCAGGAGGCCCAGGAGAUCUUCGGCGUGGACUUCGACUACGACGAGUUCGAGAAGUACAACGAAUACGAUGAGGAACUGGAGGACGAGUACGACUACGAGCCCGAGGAGGCGGAGGGCGAGAUCCGCGCGCGGCCCAAGAAGGCCGCCAAGAAGCGGGUCAGCCGGCGCAGCAUCUUCGAGAUGUACGAGCCCAGCGAGCUGGAGAGUAGCCACCUGACGGACCAGGACAACGAGAUCCGGGUGACCGACAUGCCCGAGCGGUUCCAGCUGCGAGCCAUUCCCGUGAAGAAUGCCGAAGACGACGAGCUGGAAGAGGAGGCGGACUGGAUCUACCGGAACGCCUUUGCCAUGCCCACCAUCUCCCUGCAGGAGAGCUCCGAUUACUUGGAGCGGGGCCAGGCCAGCAGCAGCUUCAGCCGCAAGGGGCCCAGCACCAUCCAGAAGAUCAAGGAGGCCCUCAACUUCAUGCGGAACCAGCACUUCGAGGUGCCCUUCAUCGCCUUCUACAGGAAGGAGUACGUGGAGCCGGAACUGCACAUCAACGACCUGUGGCGCGUCUGGCAGUGGGAUGAGAAGUGGACGCAGCUGAAGAUCCGCAAGCAGAACCUGACCCGCCUCUUCGAGAAAAUGCAGGCCUACCAGUACGAGCAGAUCUCCGCCGACCCGGACAAGCCGCUGGCCGACGGGAUCCGCGCCCUGGACACCACCGACAUGGAGAGGCUGAAGGACGUGCAGUCCAUGGACGAGCUGAAGGACGUGUACAACCACUUCCUGCUGUACUACGGCCGCGACAUCCCCAAGAUGCAGAACGCGGCCAAGGCCAGCCGCAAGAAGCACAAGCGGCACCGCGAGGACGGCGACGAGGCGGAAGGCGAGGGAGAGGAUGCGGACGAGGAGGAGCAGAAGGGGCCGGAGCUGAAGCAGGCUUCCCGCCGGGACAUGUACACCAUCUGCCAAGCGGCUGGCCUGGACGGCCUUGCCAAGAAAUUUGGGCUGACCCCGGAGCAGUUUGGCGAGAACCUGCGGGACAGCUACCAGCGCCACGAGACCGAGCAGUUCCCAGCGGAACCCUUGGAGCUGGCCAAGGACUACGUGUGCAGCCAGUUCCCCACCCCGGAGGCUGUGCUCGAGGGGGCCUGCUACAUGGUCGCCCUGCAGAUCGCCCGCGAACCCCUGGUGCGGCAGGUGCUGCGCCAGACCUUCCAGGAGAGGGCCAAGAUCAACGUCGCCCCCACCAAGAAGGGCCGGAAGGACGUGGACGAGGCCCACUUCGCGUACUCCUUCAAGUACCUGAAGAACAAGCCCGUGAAGGAGCUGCGGGACGACCAGUUCCUGAAGAUCUCCCUGGCCCGCGACGAGGGGCUGCUCACCAUCGACAUCUGCAUCGACCUGAGGGGCGUGGAGGGCUACGGCAGCGACCAGACCUACUUCGAGGAGAUCAAGCAGUUCUACUACCGGGACGAGUUCAGCCACCAGGUGCAGGAGUGGAACCGGCAGCGCAGCCUGGCCAUCGAGCGGGCGCUCAACCAGUUCCUGUACGUGCAGAUGGCGGAGGAGCUGAAGAACAAGCUCCUCCUCGAGGCCAAGGAGUUCGUCAUCAAGUCCUGCAGCAGGAAGCUCUACAACUGGCUGAAGGUGGCCUCCUACCGGCCGGACCAGCAGGUGGAGGAGGACGACGACUUCAUGGACGAGAGCCAGGGCAAGGGCAUCCGCGUGCUCGGCAUCGCCUUCUCCGCCGCCAGGGACCACCCCGUCUUCUGCGCCAUGGUGAACGGGGAAGGCGAGGUCACGGACUUCCUGCGCCUGCCGCACUUCACCAAACGGAGGAACGCCUGGCGGGAGGAAGAGCGGGAGAAGAAGGCUCAGGAUAUUGAAACCCUGAAGAAGUUCCUGCUCAGCAAGAAGCCCCACGUGGUCACGAUUGCAGGGGAGAACAGGGAUGCCCAGAUGCUAAUGGAGGACGUGAAGCGCAUUGCCCACGAGCUGGACCAAGGCCAGCAGCUCCCGGCCAUCGGGGUGGAGCUGGUGGACAACGAGCUGGCCACGCUCUACAUGAACAGCAAGAAGUCCGAGACUGAAUUCCGGGACUAUCCCCCUGUCCUGCGCCAGGCGGUGUCCCUCGCCCGCCGUAUCCAGGACCCGCUGAUCGAGUUUGCCCAAGUCUGCAGCUCUGAGGAAGACAUCCUGUGCCUCAAGCUCCACCCCCUGCAGGAGCACGUGGAGAAGGAGAUGCUGCUGGACUCCCUCUACUGCGAGUUCAUCAACCGCGUGAACGAGGUGGGCGUGGACGUCAACCGCGCCAUCGCGCACCCGCACAGUCAGGCCCUGCUGCAGUACGUCUGCGGCCUGGGCCCCCGCAAAGGCACCCACCUGCUCAAGAUCCUGAAGCAGAACAACACCCGUCUGGAGAACCGGACCCAGCUGGUCACCAUGUGCCACAUGGGCCCAAAAGUCUUCAUCAACUGCGCUGGAUUCAUCAAGAUCGACACGGCGUCCCUGGGGGACAGCACGGACUCCUACAUCGAGGUCCUGGACGGGUCGAGGGUUCACCCGGAGACCUACGAGUGGGCGCGGAAGAUGGCCGUCGACGCCCUGGAAUACGACGAGUCGGCGGAAGACGCCAACCCCGCGGGGGCCCUGGAGGAGAUCCUGGAGAACCCGGAGCGGCUGAAGGACCUGGACCUGGACGCCUUUGCCGAGGAGCUGGAGAGGCAGGGCUACGGGGACAAGCACAUCACGCUGUACGACAUCCGUGCCGAGCUGAGCUGCCGCUACAAGGACCUGCGCAGCCCCUACCGCUCCCCCAACUCCGAGGAGGUCUUCAACAUGCUGACCAAAGAGACGCCCGAGACCUUCUACAUCGGGAAGCUGAUCAUCUGCAAUGUGACGGGCAUCGCCCACCGGCGGCCCCAGGGGGAAAGCUACGACCAGGCCAUCCGCAACGACGAGACCGGCCUGUGGCAGUGCCCCUUCUGCCAGCAGGACAACUUCCCCGAGCUGAGCGAGGUCUGGAACCACUUCGACAGCGGCUCCUGCCCCGGCCAGGCCAUCGGGGUGAAGACGCGCCUGGACAACGGGGUCACGGGCUUCAUCCCGACCAAAUUCCUCAGUGACAAGGUGGUCAAGCGGCCAGAGGAGAGGGUCAAGGUGGGGAUGACCGUUCACUGCCGGAUCAUGAAGAUCGACAUCGAGAAGUUCAGCGCCGACCUGACCUGCCGCACCUCGGACUUGAUGGACAAGAGCAACGAGUGGAAACUGCCCAAGGACACCUACUACGACUUCGACGCCGAGGCCGCCGACCACAAGCAGGAGGAGGAGAUGAAGCGGAAGCAGCAGCGCACCACAUACAUCAAGCGCGUGAUCGCCCACCCGUCCUUCCACAACAUCAACUUCAAGCAGGCCGAGAAGAUGAUGGAGAGCAUGGACCAGGGCGACGUGGUCAUCCGGCCCAGCAGCAAGGGCGAGAACCACCUGACCGUCACCUGGAAGGUGUCCGACGGCAUCUACCAGCACGUGGACGUGCGCGAGGAGGGCAAGGAGAACGCCUUCAGCCUGGGCUCCACCCUCUGGAUCAACACCGAGGAGUUCGAGGACCUGGACGAGAUCGUCGCCCGCUACGUGCAGCCCAUGGCCUCGUUCGCCCGGGACCUGCUCAGCCACAAGUACUACCAGGACUGCAACGGCGGCGACAGGAAGAAACUGGAGGAGCUCCUGAUCCUCACCAAGAAGGAGAAGCCCACCUUCAUCCCGUACUUCAUCUGUGCCUGCAAGGACCUCCCGGGCAAGUUCCUGCUGGGCUACCAGCCGCGGGGGAAGCCCAGGAUCGAGUACGUGACUGUGACGCCCGAGGGUUUCCGGUACCGCAGCCACGUCUUCCCCACCGUCAACGGGCUCUUCCGGUGGUUCAAGGACCAUUACCAGGACCCCGUGCCGGGGGUCACGCCCAGCAGCAGCAGCCGGACCAGGACGCCCGCCUCCAUCAACGCCACCCCGGCAAACAUCAACCUGGCCGACCUGACCCGGGCCGUCAACGCCCUGCCCCACAACAUGACCUCGCAGAUGUUCAGCGCCAUCGCUGCCGUGACCGGGCAGGGGCAGAACGCCAACGCCACCCCUGCGCAGUGGGCUUCCAGUCAGUACGGCUACGGCGGCAGCGGCGGCGGCAGCAGCGCCUACCACGUCUUCACCACUCCCGCCCAGCAGCCGGUGGCCACCCCGCUGCUCACGCCCAGCUACUCCUACACCACCCCCAGCCAGCCCAUCACGACGCCCCAGUACCACCAGCUCCAGGCCAGCGCCACGCCCCAGUCCACCCAGGCGCAGCCGCAGGCGCAGGCGCAGCCGUCCUCCAGCUCCGGGCAGAGGCAGCAGCCCAAGGCCAGCUCCAGCUCCAGCUCCCACACGGCGAUCGACUGGGGCAAGAUGGCCGAGCAGUGGCUGCAGGAGAAGGAGGCCGAGCGCCGGAAGCAGAAGCAGCGCCUGACACCCCGGCCCUCCCCCAGCCCCAUGAUCGAGAGCACCCCCCUGUCGGUUGCGGGGGACGCCACGCCGCUGCUGGACGAGAUGGACCGGUAGUCCCCGGGCCCCGCUCUGCUCCCGCGGGGGCCCCGGAGGGGCGCCCCCCGCCC